AUGGCCAACCCAAUCUUCUUUUCUGACUUGGAUGCAUUGAAACAGAGAAUAGAGGAGAUUGAAGAGUCCUCAAGGGUGAAAUUCGUGGUAUUAAACAAGGACAAAGCAUUUGGGAAGGAUUACGACUUUGGCGAGAAAACUUCAUUUCGUCUCCGUUGGGAAUAUGACGAGGACCAGCACCCGUGCAAGAUUCCGUUUACAGGAGUUCCUUUUGUCGCGGUCGGCCGCAAGACUAUGGAAUGCCACCAGGGAAAGGAUAGGAAUAUCAGACAGAAGGAAAAGUAUGCCAUUCAAGCAGAGAAAUUAAGGGAAUCGAAAUCUAAGAGCAGGAAGAAGCAAGCGCUUUUACAACGGACAAAGAAAGUUAGCUGUCCGGCAACUAUCAUUAUUAUACAGAUUACAAGAUUGCAAGAUAUUAAGGUGAAAGAAAACAAGGAGUGGACAAAGCGGAUCGCUUCUGCAGAAUUUCGUAAGAUGCUAGCCAAGGGUCACACACCUCAACAACAAUCAGAGUUCUAUGCUCUGUUUCCCAAGGAUGAGGAUCAUAAAGGACAUCCCAUAAAGAAUGAGGCUGCUGGUCUACGCGAACCAACCAUUCCAGAAGUGGUAGAGAGGGUGCGAUCUCUCACCCGGGGCGGGGUCGUCAAGGUCAGCGAGAUGAAGCAGCACAUCAUCACCUUCCUGCACAAAGAGUUGCACAUAACAGACACUCUCCGCCGAAGAUACAUGCCUACAAACACAGACAUCAGCAACAUAAUGGCCUCCGUGAAACGCAAGGCUCACCAAGACCCGGACAGCAUGUCUGAAUUUAUCAACACGAUGAGGAAACGCUGCCCCAGCGAUCUGCUUCUCCAUCGACCAAACUCUCCCAAGCAUCCGCUACUCUUCUGCUACCAAUCUACCUGGCAGAGUAGACUCUUAAAUCGCUAUGGCAACCAGUUCUGCCUCCUAGAUGCCGUCCACCGUGUCCUUGAGGGGUCAAGGUUUCUGUAUCUUCUGUAUGUGAGGACUAAUGUUGCGUAUGUUGCAGUUGGUGCCUUUAUUGUAGAGACAGAGGAGCCUGAUAAGGUUCAAGAGGCUUUGGAUAUUUUUGCUAAAUGGAACCCGAGCUGGAUGCCAUCUCACUUUGCGGUAGAUGUACCGGAUGUCCAAGCUGUGGAAGCAUGCUUUCCAGAUUAUACUGUCAGCCUGUCCAAUGUUCAUUGCGAGAGGGCGUGGUCUGAGCUUUUUUCAAAGACUCCACAUCUGAAAAAGGAGAUUAUCUUACCAAUGCUCCGCCGUAUGGCACAUGCAGACACCAUUGGAAAGUAUGAAGACUUAAUGGGCCAGCUGCUCAAUAACAGUGAUAUGAAAGAAUGCUCUGCAUUUUCAAAUUAUUGGCUUCCUCAAGCAAAGAGAUGGGUGCGUUGUUUCCAAGAUGAGAGUUUCUACUUCACUGUGCAUGCUGCUGGAGGGUUAGAUAAACAAAAUGAAAUAUUUAAAUAUGAUGUCAUCAAACCUUACACCAAUGGUUCCAUCAAAGAUCUGGUGGCAGGACUUCUUAAUAAUUUCUUCCCAGAAUCAUAUAGAAAAUACCUUGAACGCAAUGCAAGAUCAUCUGCAGGCUACAGCCAUAGCAACGCUCAGAUUCCAAAGUUCCUGCAGAACCGACCAAGAGCCAUAGUCCAUCACAUCAGAAAUUGCAUGCAGAAUGACAUUCCUAAAGGAAGCAUCGUGGAUCAUGGGAACGGACUAUUUGUGGUACAGUACGCCAAUGAAUGCCACACCCUACGAUUCGGCGAGGGUGCGGUCAUGCCGCGCUGUACCUGCCGCGACUGGCAGACCCAUCUCCUACCCUGCAAACACUUCUGCGCUGUUUUCCAACACUUUGAAUCGUGGCAGUGGGAGAAUAUGAGCCCCCUAUAUCACAAUAAUCCUAUCUUCGCCCUGGAUGAUGCGUUUAUUGUCUCCAUGGAAACCUAUGCUCCGAAGGAUUCGGAAGACGAUUCUGAAGCGAGGCGGAAGGAAGCGAUACAGGAGUGCAUGGACACUACCAGGGCCAUCAAUGCAGCUGUGAAGAGAUUAAGUGAUACAUCUCAUAUUGUUAGUGUUACCAAGAGACUGAAGUGUCUUUUAGAGGAUAUUCAAACAACACAGGGGGAAGUAGAUCCUCCAUGAUUCACAUGGAUCAGGAAAUUUCUAGUGUAGGGGUAAAUUAUGGUAAGUGGGACAUUUCAGCAUUUACCUAAGCAUUACAAAAAAGAGAAUAAUCAACAGAGCAA